CUAAAACAUAAUACAGUGCAAACAAACCAAACCAACCACCCACAGAUAACAGUACAUACAAGCAAGCGUCGUCAGGCAGGCCGGGUCAAUAUCAAUAGGGCAGGUAGGUACAGGGGGAGCAAGCGGAGAUGGGUCGGGGUCACAGGCCAGGUUCAGCAGGUAGCAAGCAGCGUGGUACAGAGGGUCAGGCAGAGGGAUGGUCAGGAGCGAGCCGGGAUCAGAGCAGCAGAAGUCAGCAGCGGUUCAGAUCAGGCAGGGUCAGCAAAGGAACAGAAACAGGAUGCAGGACAGAUACAGGGCCCAGGACAAACACAACACCAAGGCAGAGUCUGCAAGUCUGGCCAU